AUGGGAUUUCGUAAUAAAAACCCGAAAUCCGUUCUAGAAUAUUAUGUAUACUUAUUUUCCAUGAAGAAAUUAAGAAAAGAAAAACAUGGCAGAAAAAUAAGAAAAAAAAACUUAAUAACUGAAGCUACUAUAUCCUGGUUAAAAUUGAAUUCAAAGAAAAAGCAAAUUAUAACAACAAGAUUUCAAAGUCAACAACUUAAGUUAAGGAAAAACAUUGCAGAAAAGCUUAGAACUGUGGUGCCAGUUUCUAAGAAAAUAUUUAGACAGGCUGAGGAAAAUAAUUCAAUAUCAAAUUUAUUGAAUUUCUCUAAUGAUGAUAUUUUAAAACAUACUGGUAAUGAGUGUGAAGAUUUAACCAAAUGCAUUAAUAGCAUAACAUCAAAUUCUUUACAACCACCUUUGUAUGAGCCUGAAAAUCAAGAAAAUGUCUUAAUUCAACAACUUCCAGCUUUAAUGCUUGAACCAACUCCACCUGCCUUUAGGACAAAUAAAGACUUUUAUAAUCUACUGAAUGGAAGUACUGAAAAUAUAAUACCAUGGGAUGCACUUUCAAGGGGGGUAAAAGGCCAGUAUGAAAGGGCUGCCACAAGAAUAAGAAGAAAUUAUAUUCAAUCUUACUCAAGCUUCUUAGAAACUCUUACCCCAAUUGAACUUUUUAAUCAUUAUAAGCAUGUGACUGAUGUUUAA